AUGGCAUUGACAAGUUCUGCGUUACCGCCUAAUGCUAUCAAUUACCGUGGAGAACGCCGUAUUCUACACAACGUUUCUGGUGAAUUUCGUUCGGGCGAACUAACGUGCAUUCUGGGACCUUCCGGCGCUGGGAAGUCCACUUUACUGAACAUCCUCGCUGGUUACACAUCAAAUGGAGUGAACGGAAGAAUUUCUGUAAAUGGGCAAGCGAGAGAAAUGAGGGUUUUCAAAAAACUUAGUAGCUAUAUCAUGCAAGAUGAUCUGCUUCAACCAAGACUAACAGUUGGUGAGUCCAUGAAAAUCGCAGCGGACUUGAAACUGGGGAAGGAGUUGGGUGAUGCUGAAAAGGAAUUAAUCGUAGAAGAAAUCCUCCAAACGAUUGGUUUAUGGCAACACCGGGAUACAAUGUCACAGCAUCUUUCCGGAGGACAAUCUAAAAGGCUGUCUGUCGCCUUGGAGUUGGUCAAUAAUCCUCCUAUUAUGUUCCUGGAUGAACCAACAACAGGUCUAGACGUCGUGUCUAUACGUCAGCUGGUGGUACUAUUACGUCUGCUCUCUCGCCAGGGCCGCACUAUUAUCUGCACAGUACAUCAACCUUCAGCGUCUCUCUUCACUCUUUUUGAUAGAGUUUAUGUAUUGUCAAGAGGACUUUGUUGCUACCAGGGUGCGUCUCCUCUCCUAGUACCUUUCCUGACUGAGAUUGGCCAUAUUUGUCCUGUUACCCACAAUCCUGCCGAUUUCGUACUCGAAACUCUUGUUAGCACCACCGAAGCGCCAGCACAAAUGUCAGAAUUGUGUCAAAACGGAAAGCUCUGCCGAGACCUAGACAAAAUGACAUCUAGAGGAGGACGCAAACCGGUUUUACAUUCAGACGAUUCAAUACAAAGGAUUUUUGUGGAGCACGUCGCCAAAGAACAGCUACUCAGAAUGGAAUUUGCGACGACGUUUUUGAGUCAGUUCUGGAUUUUGCUAAAACGAAUGAUGUUACAGACUAGACGCAAUUCCACAGCUCUAUGGAUCCAGUUAAUUCACCAUAUUCUGGCAGCUGUGUUACUUGGUGGCAUCUUCUAUCAGAUCGGCAACGAUGGCACCACACCUAUCGCAAAUUUCAAGUUCUGUAUCAGCUGCCUUGUGUUCUUCAUGUAUACUUAUGUCAUGAUACCUGUGCUUCUAUUUCCUAUGGAAAUGCGUAUGCUUCGACGUGAAUACUUCAAUCGAUGGUAUAGUUUAAAGGCGUAUUAUGCGGCCCUUACCAUAUCAUCUGUACCAGUUAUGUUGAGCCUAGGCAUGCUGUUUCUAACAAUAAGCUACGUGAUGUCUGGUCAACUUAUGGAGUUAGACCGCUUUGUGUUGUUUUCUAUAGUGGGUCUUCUGACUGGAUUCUGCUCCGAAGGUUUGGGCCUCUUGGUGGGAUCAACGUUUAGUGUAACGAACGGUUCCAUAGUGGGCCCGGCGACACUAGCGCCACUAUUAGCUCUCUGCUGCUACGGCAUGGGCUUCGGAAAAUUUAUUGAACCAUUUAUGAAAAUCCUUAUGUCAGUGUCUUACUUACGAUACGCACUUUCUGGCCUCUGCUUGGCAAUUUACAACAAGCGACCUCUUAUGGAAUGUGACGACAUUUUCUGUGUCUAUUCCGAUCCGAAGUUAUUGUUGCGAGAUGUAGGAAUUAUGAAUGACAAUUAUAUAUUACAAAUAGUCGCUCUCGUAAUUUUUACGGCUAUACAUAGAAUCAGCGCAUACUUUGCAUUACGAUACCGCCUUACAUCAGAGUUUACAAGCAAGUUCAUGACAUACAUCAGCAAAUUUUUGAAACAUAGAUAG